AUGGCCACAUUCGACGACGAACUUGAUUUCAUCGUCCAUGCUAUCUCAAACAAGCAACCCACAAUUAACGAACGAAUGCCAUGCGAAAGAAUCGAUCCCUCAACGAUAACCAUAUUGGGGCAUACCCUUCGAUUUGUCGGAGGCUUGGACAUUUCGUUUCCGCCCGGGCAAACAAACUCGAACAAGGGCGUCGUCGUUCUGGCAGUCCUCAGUUUUCCCGACAUGCAGCUGCUCCAUUCCGAAUCAGAGCAUGUCACAUUUCCCGUGCCUUAUGUUCCAGGGUACUUGGGAAUGCGGGAAGCUCCCUCUUACGUCCGCUUGUUGGACCGGACGAAAGGCACCGGCCUCUGCCCUCAAGUCGUUUUCGUCGACGGCAAUGGACGAUUGCACCCGCGGCAGGUGAGCGUUCGAGGACUGGACUUGCACCAGAUUGAUCUUGACUGGGGCCUUGGCUGAUGUUUUCGUUAAUUAGGCUGGAAGUGCGGUCAGCGUCGGCGUGUUGAGUGGCGUCCCGGUCAUCGGAGUCGGUCAGUGCAUCGGGCUGUGUGUCGCGCGAUUAAGGCAUGCGGGUCCAAUCCUAACCAAGAGACUAGCGCUGCUCGAGGACAGCCAAAGAAUACCAUCCUAUUUCCGAUUUUCCGGCUACAUUGGGCUCUCAAAAAGCAAUGAAGUUGUAUUGCCAGCAAGCCCUCAAACGUCGAGGCGACUGGUCAGGUAUACCGAUCGAAGGGGAAUUGGUUGGGGCUGCGGUUCUUUCCUCGCCCGUACUGACAAGCACUCGGCCCAUCUUCGUCAGCGCGGGUCACAAGAUUUCACUUCGUUCGGCUUUAGCUUUAAGCUUGGCCGCCUGUACGGAGGCUCGCAUCCCCGAACCCAUCCGCUUCGCCGACAGGAUCGGGAGGGCUUUAGCAAAGGAGGUUGGAUCGCCGCUGUAG